UAAACUUAUAAUAUCUAAUCAACUAGAACUUAUAGAUUUUUAUUGAAAAUAUGUCAAUACACAAAUCCUCUAAAUUCCACGUAAGAAUUGUCUAUUAAUCGAUAACAUUUGUUAUUAUUUCGAAUCAGUGGUCAAGGUAAAGUUAACAUGCAUACAAUGAGAUGGCGUAAUAAGGGAGGCCCUCUUGGUAAAUCGUUCAACCGUUUCGAAGGAAAAUGGAACCAAGUAAAGUGCAGCCCUCUAAAAAAAGCUCAACUAGUAAAUGGACGAAUAUACAAAGCUUCCUGAUUUUGAUGAGUUUGUUAUUCUUCUCAACUGGAUUUAUUGAGUCUUAUACGAAACGGGCGGUUAUUGAUCUGCAAAGGAGGUUCGCCUUCGAUGAUCGUUAUUCAUUUUUCUUGAAUGGUCUAUCUGACGUUGGCCUGGCAUGUUGUGUGAUUUUUGCAGGGUACUAUGGUAAUAAUUUGCACCGGCCAAAAGUUAUUGGAAUAGGAGUUUGCAUUACUAUUGUUGGGCUACUUUGUUUCGUUCCACAAGUUCAAUAUGAUAACUUUGAUCCAUCAAAUAUGACAGCUUUGCACGGGGAUGCUGCGAUUUGUACUGGGACUAGAAAAUAUUAUUCGCAAUGUGAUAUUGUAAAAAAGUUUGAACGAGGCAGUCGUUUCGUAUCAUUACUCAGUCUUGGACAAUUUUUGAUAGGAUGCGGACAAACUCUUUGGACAAUUCUUGGUUUAAUGUAUAUAGAUGACAACUGUGAUAAUUUAACUAAAUCGACACAUUUUAUAGGAAUAUUAAUAAGUAUGAAAUUUUUUGGUCAAUCUAUUGGUGCUUUACUGGGCUUUGGUUUUGGUGAGAUAAAUGAAAAUCUUAAAAGUGGACUUGAUUGGAUAGGUGCUUGGUGGCUUGGUUUUGCUAUUAUUACAGGGCUCUUAUUUUUCACUGCCAUUCCUAUUUUUUGUUAUCCUAGAUUUAUAAUAAAGAGAGCAUGGAUUUGGUCUGGGUAUAGGCGUGUACCACAAAAGACAACGACCGCAAAAAGGAAGCCAAAGUCUAAAGCAAAUGCCAGAGGUACUAAGAAGAAUACAACUUUGAAAAGACCUGACAAAGAAGAAUCCAAUGUUGAGGAAAAGGAAGUUGAGACAACGUCUGAGACUAAAACUGAAAAUUCGCAACCAGAAACAAUUCAAUCCUCUUCCAAUAAAGAUGAAGCAACUGUUAUUGUUAUAAAUGUUGAAAAUGGUAAUAUUUUUGAAAGAAAUGCGUUCGAAACCCUUGAGAGAGAUAGGACUAAGGUUGAACUAGCAGAAGAGGACGCAUCUGAAAAAGAUGAAGAAGAACCUGCAAAAACAGAAGAAACUAGUCUGUAUAAUAAAAAAAAAGUUAAUGAAACUCAUAUUGAAUCUCAAAUUGACCAAACCGAGUCAAUAAGCAAAGUGCAAUACAACGGAUAUGUAAAUGAAGGAUUUGCUCUUGAGUCCUCACGUCAGGAGUUAGAGAGUAAUAACAUAACAGACAACACAAUUCCAAUAACAAUCGAGGAAGUAGAUGAAAGUAAUAAAGAAGAAACCGAUGAUAAGAACGAUAAAAUAAAAAAAGCUGAACCUAAGAAAACGAAACGAAGGAGGAGAUUCAAAAAAUAUAAAUUAAGGGAUAUAUUUGAUUAUUUAUUAAAAUUAUUGAAAAACCCUUAUUGGAUAUUAAUUAUUGUUGGAACAAUAAUAUCUGCCUUUACUCAUUUGGCCUAUUUUAGUAAUUUACCUCAUUAUUUAAUUGCUGUUUUUAUGAUGGAAAUUAGACUAGCAUUUCUGCUAUCAGGUCUUGUUUUUGGUGUUGGAACUGGACUUGGAAUAAUCUUUGGAUUAUUUCUAACUACAAAAUAUCUUAAAACUGCAAGAAGAUUUACAAUUUAUAUAAUCUCUAUAUCUUUGACGAUAACCUGUAUAGCAAUAGUGUUAUUGGCUUUUAGAUGUAAUUCUCCAGAAGUUAAAUUCUACGCGGAUAGAGGUAUUCCGUGUUACUGCGAAGAAGUUGAAUUCGAAAGAAUAUGUACGUCAAAUGGAACAUACUUUUCAGCUUGUCAUGCAGGAUGUAAAGAAAUAACGAAUGAUGGCAAUUAUGCAAAUUGUUCCUCGAGCAUUUCUGACAAGAUUUUGGAAGCUGAUAAAUGCUCUAAGGAGUGUAAGAAUGUCGGAGGCUUUCUUUUCGUUGCCUUUAUUUUGGCUAUGGCUUGCGGAUCUGGUUACAUACCGGUUUUGAGCCUUAUUCUAAGAACUGUAGAGAGGAAACAAAAGUCCUUAUCCUUUUCUUGUGUAGUAUUUGCAGCAACAAUUCUGGGCUCCAUUCCCGGUCAGGCAUCUUAUAGAGAAAUCAUUAUUUCAAAUUGCAAUCAGAAGUAUCUAGAUUGUCGUGACAAUGACUUAUGUAUAUCAUACAAUACUGGUAAAAUAGUGACAAUCUCUAACUUAUUAGCUGGUGGUUUACAGUCAGUAUCCGGUAUUUUUUUUGUUGGUCUUUUAUUACUACUACGCUAUAAAAAAAAGAAGAAAAGUAGAGAAGAAGCCAAAGCAUCUAAUUAAGACAGAUAUAAUAAAUACUCAAGACACAAAAUAACUGGAAUAGUUAGAGAAUAAAGUUGAAUUAAAUUAAUUGAAAAUUCAUUUGAUUAAUGAAUAUUUACCUAAAAUCUUUACAAAUCUGUAAUGCUUUAUCUAAGAAACGCCAAAAAUGUUGUUCUAUUUGUUUUGUAGGUGGAUAUUAGAUUCUUGAAUAUUUUUUAUUAAUAAUUCAAUAAAUACAAAUAUUUGAUAUCUUCUGUAACAACCUUCCUAGAUUAAGCUACCACUACCAAUAAUGAUAAUACUAGUAUUGCAAAUAAAGCGGAUGAGAAGGGGAUUUAAGAAGAUUUUUUGCCAUUUAUAAAAUACUAAUAACCAUUACUUUCUGUUAGAGCUCGUUAAAGUACUACUUUAGAGAAAUAUUAUAAAUGAAUAUAACGAAAAGAAGGAAGAUAAAAUAACAAUACGUUGUUUCAUUGCCCGUUUCGAAUAAUUACUUUUUCUAGAAAGGUAACGUAAUAAACUACACAAGUUUAUUGAAUAUAAAAUUGAAUUAUUAUCGAAUAUAUAAGGGAAUUCAACUUGUAUUAUUUUAUUAUGGUAGACACUAGAAGCAAUUUUGAUUUGGAAAUAUUACUUUUAAUUGAUUAUUUAUAAUAAAAAAAAAGGCAUGUUAGGCAAAUAUGUAUUGAAAGAAUAGAAAUAUUAACUUAAUUACAAUAUAUUUGAUAUUUAUUAUAUAUGCGCAAGAUGGCAUUUGUUACUCCUGUUUAUUAUCAUUCUCUAAAAUGAAUGUAGAUACGGUAUAAGAGAGUUUUAUUAACAACGCAAUGAAACAUACAAGAUAGAUAGAUAGAUAAUAUAAUUAUUAUACAAAUAAUAAUAAAAAAUAACGUACAAAAGAAUUAUUAAUAAAAAAGUAAAUAGAACUUUUUUAUAAUUCAAUUUUCUUUGUUUUUCUCUUUUCCGUUCAUUGUUUAUCUUCCCUUUCCUUUCCUUUUUAAUUUUGCUUUAAUAAGUAUUAUGCAAUAAAGAAUUAAAGAGUAGAACUUUUCACCAACUUGUUAACUGGUUAAAACAUUUUAUUUCAAGUAUAUUUACGACUUAAUGAUGUUCUGCUUAUUUCAUUAUUUUAUUGGCAUUAUGAGUAUUUUUCGGAUUAAAAAAAAAUAAAUAUUAAAUAUUAAAUAUUGGCCUAUGUUAAGUUUUUCUAUUCAAUCAAAAUGACUAUAUAAGCACGGUAAAGGGGAGAGAGAACAACAAAAUCGUUUAAUCCUAUCAUUCAAUAGCGUUUAUUGUCGCUCAUAUUUCAGUACUUACAGUUGUAGUGUUUAUUUUCCGGAGGAAUUUCUUAAGGAGAAGUAAUGUCGGCUAGUCGUUCUGUAAUUAACUUGGAACUGUAUGGAGAGAAUAGGAGUCAUAUUCGAUUUAAAGAAUGUUCUAUAAAUGAUAAAAUUAGAUCACCUUCAACGAAAGAUAAUCGAAUGAAUUUACCUCGAUCUUUUACCAACGUCUUCCUCCGAGAAUACGAACUUUCUCCCAGAAAUAGGCCACAUAUAAGAUAUAAUCGAACAAAAAGAAUCUAUAGCCGUCCUCAAAGUUCAUUAGAUAUUAUGCUAAACGAAUCAUGGGAUGUGGAACAACUCAAGCACGAUCAUCAACAGCAAGAGUUACUCUCAAGGAUUUAUCAUAUAGAAAGCCUACACCGAAACGAAUUGAAAGCUUGCUAUUAACAAAUAAAAAAGGAUGAAAAAAACAACAAAGCAGAUAAAUAUUAAUAUAUUCAUAUUUUCUGUAAUUAGACCUUAUUUUAACCCAUUUAAAAUGUCAAUAAAGCAAUAAUAUUCGUCUUUUCUAACAAGUUUUCUUUCAAAAUAUUUAUUUUAUUGUUUACGUUGUUUUUUGCGCAUUUCCUUUUUAUUUAGGGAAGGAUUUUUGUAAUCCUAGUAGUAAUUUUCUUUUUUUUUUCAAUCUUAGUCAUUGAAUUACAAUCAUUUUGAAUAACAAAUAACAAGUCAAAUCUACGUUAUUAGCCUUUUGAGAACUUUAUUUUAUUAUA